CUUUCUUCCUUCUCAGUCCAUCGUCUCUUCGACUCAAUGACGGCAAUUGGCUAUCUUGGCCAGCCCCUCAAGGCAGCAUGGCACAGCUCCACACCCUCCGUGCUGCGGGCAGGCCAAUCGUCCAAAUGUACGCUCGAGCACCUGGCGCGAUGCAGCAACCCGAGAUCAACGUCUACUUCUCGACAAUGUCGAGCGUCACGCUCCCUCAGCACCAUACCCAGCGACUCUCUCGGCUCUUCGUUCAGCAUGACCCGCCACGUCGCAGAUCAGCUCCACCUCCCGCGCUUUCGCACAAAUGCCCGCCGUAUGGACCUGAUCCAAUCCCCCUCAGCAUUCUACAAGGCCAUCGAAUCCAUGAUCCUCAACGCAAAGGAGCGCAUUUUCCUCUCCUCCCUCUACAUCGGCAAAGACGAAUGCGAUCUGAUCGACUGUAUACGCGAAGCACUGGAGAGGAACAAGGGGCUCAAAGUCACAAUAUUGGUCGACGGACUGCGCUCCACCCGUGAAGGGCAGUUAGGUCCGCCAACCUCUGAGAAAGCGAACAGGCCGACGAACACGUCCUGCGCUUCACUGCUAGCCAGUCUAGCACGAGACUACCCAAAUCAGGUCGACAUCUGCCUCUAUCGUAUUCCUGGUCUGCCACCAUGGAUGGAGAAGCUCAUCGGCAAACGCUUCGUCGAAGGAGCGGGGCUGCAGCAUAUGAAGAUCUACGGAGCAGACGACGACAUAAUCGUCUCUGGGGCAAAUUUGUCGCAUGAUUACUUCACCAAUAGGCAGGACAGAUAUCUGCGUGUAAGGGGCAAUGGGUUGCUGGCCAACUACCUGCACUCACUCUUGCUAUUGACCUGCCGGUUCUCCUACACGCUCGAGGCUAAGCAUAAAUCGGGUCAGCUACGACACGCCUAUCACUCUCCAUACACGUUGCAGUGGAAUAGCGGCCAGUCACUGCUCCUGGCAGAAGGGACGGGAGGCUGUAUAUGGGAGGGAGGACGAUUGGCCGAGUCGGAACCUUUCGCAGAGCAUCGCUUUGCUCUCGCUGCGGGCAGAGCCGUACGACUCUUCACAGAGCGAUGGCGUCGUCAUACGCAAGAUCGUGAGGCGGCUAGAAGACAGGGCUUGACCAGCUCAAGCGGCGAGGAGGAGGCAACAAUCGUCCCCCUCCUCCAGAUGGGCCCGAUGGGCAUAGACGAUGAGACUCGAUCCAUGCCCCUGAUACUGUCUUACAUCGAGGAACAAGCACGACGAACAGGCACCACCUCAACCCUCGAUGUAACCUCGGGAUACUUCUCUCUCUACCCACCCUAUAAGCGCGCACUCAUCUCCCUUGGCCCGGAUGUAGACACGAGGAUAAUAGCCGCCUCGCCAGAGGCUAACGGCUUCUUUGGGAGCAAGGGAGUGAGCGGGCUAAUCCCCGCCGCUUAUACAUGGUUGGAGUCAAAGUUCUGGAGGAGCGUGCAGCAGGAGAGGAGGCGGAGACGGCAGAAGGCAGGCCAGGAGAAGGAGUUAGGCCCCUGCAUAUCUCUCAGCGAGUGGAGCAAGUCAGGCUGGACCUACCACGCAAAGGGGAUGUGGCAUCGCUCAUCCACUCCUUCGUCUGCACCGGUUCAGACUCUGAUCGGCUCCUCCAAUCUGGGGUCUCGCUCAGCCUUGCGAGAUCUGGAGUGCUCGCUCCUCGUCGAGACGUCCGUGGGAUCUUCGCUCGACACUAAGCUGAACGACGAGAUUGAGGCGCUCAGACGCUUUGCUACAGUGGAGGUCGACGAAGAGAGCAGUCUGUUUGGGGAGGAGGAACGGAAGGUGUCGUGGGGGGUGAGAAUCGCUACAGAGAUUAUCAAGGGGAGGUUGUAGGCGUGCGGCAACCGAAGAAGGGGAGCAGGCCCGCGAAGAGGUUCGUGCUGAAGUCAGACUGGCAAUCUGUCGUACUAGAGCAAAGGGACAAUAGACGAUUCCAUGCAAUGAGACGGAGUACAAUUUCUGAAGAUCGAGAGACAGGUGGGAGAGCAAAGAGUGUGGUGGAAAGCAGAGCAAAAGAAAGUCGGAAAGAAGGCGAAGUAAAGCAGAUCCAGGCUACUGCAGCCAAAUUAGAGCGCAACACCCAUCUCCCACUCUCCACUGCCGCCGGCCCUCACACCUUCAGGGGCAGAGUGGGAGUAAUCGCACAA